AUGUACAAUUUAGUGGUUUAUAAGGUUUCAAGACAUGCAUUGGGUUACAUUCAUGAAGAAGCCAAGAGGGUUGAGGAAGUUGGCAUGGAUAGCAAAAAGCUGGAUGAGAUUAACAACCAUUGGAAGAAGUUGGUUUUCAAUGACCGGGAGGACGUUGAACAACAAGUUGAUGACUAUUCUUGCUUGGCGGAGUGGAACGCUAUUCAGGAGCGUUUGAGAACAGUCGAUGUCCCCAUGAAAGCACAAAUUAGAGAACAGCUGCGACAAAUUGCAUUCCCACACUCUACGUCGUUGAAACCUCCGGUUGUGGUUGGAAAGAAUAAAGGUGUAAAAAGAAAGGGUGCUUACGAGGAAAGUUCGAUGACUCGGUCUCCUUCCUAUUGGGAGCAUGUGGAGGUGCAAUUUCCGCCUAGCCAAUCAUCACAAGCAACAUCAUCGUCUUCUAAACAAAAGGGUGCACGUACCGGUGAAGUUAAUCCAAUCGAAGAUCGACAUAUUCCAUUUCUUGAUGCAAUGCCAUUGUUCAUGCAUUCGCAUAUUGAGGAUAUAGUUGAUGUCGAUGGUGAUGGCUUUUGCGGAUUUCGUGUUAUUGCUUUGGAUACUCGCAACAAUCAAGCUGAUUAUGAGCUAAUUAGACUAACCUUGCAAAAGGAGCUAGGUAAGCACAAAGACGAAUAUUUGACGAUAUUUGGUUCUAUGGAGCGUUAUCAAUAUCUAUAUGACGCUUUCUUUCCACCAACGAGAAGGUCUAGUCGGCGCAUGGCACCUAGAGAAAAGUGGUUAACGUUUCCAGACAUGGGCCACAUCAUUGCCUCCUGCUUCAACAAGGUAGUAGUGUUGUUGACUAAGAGUGAAAGGUCUGGAGCUAGUGAAACUUUUUUUCCAUUGCGAGACACUCCUCCACAAGACCCGGAUUCUAAGAUUUUAUGUAUCGGAGGGGUUCCAGAUCAUUUUGUCUAUGUUAAGUUGAAGCAACAUUGUCCAUUACCUCCGACCUGUAAGACGUGGACUAAAUAUUGUACGCAGGAAGCUUCUUCGUGGCAGACUAGUUUCGUGGAUAGACAAGCGGAUUUCGUGGCAUUGAUGGAUAAUGAAAAAGGCGAUGUUGUUCCGAAACGUAAUCUUCAAAAGGGAGACUCUAAAGAAUGUCCAAUUGAUUGCUUGUAG